CGUACAUGGUCUCAUGGUACAGAUGCUGCUUUCUCUUAUAAACUGUGUGUUCGGUUAGGAGGUAAAAGGUUAACCUAUCCUGCGAUGCCUCUCAAUAUCCCUCUUCGCAAGAAAUUAUCGGCUGGCGAACCAGCGGCGGGCGCCUGGUUGACUCUUCCUAGCACAGCCAUUGCACGCACCAUAGCCAGUACAAAGAACGUGUCCUGGGUCCUGAUUGAUGGAGAACACGGGCUGAUCAAUGAGGGCCAUUUCUACGAUCUCGCAAACGUUAUCGCAGCCAGCGGCGCGUCGCCUCUGGUCCGCGUUCCAGCUGAAGAGGCUUGGUUGAUUAAGCGUGCGCUUGAUUCUGGUGCUCAUGGGUUAAUGGUUCCCAUGGCAAAUAGUGUUGAAAUAGUUCGCAAGGUGGUUCAAGCAACCAAGUAUCCUCCUCAUGGCAUUCGUGGUUAUGGACCCAUGUUUACACACGCAACCGGCCAACUAGGUGGAUCUUACAAGGAAAGCGCGAAUGAGGAACUUCUUAUUGCUGUCCAGAUUGAACAUCCCAAUGCCGUGAAGGAGGUUGAAGACAUCGUCAAAGAAGAUAUCGACAUUGCGUUUAUUGGUCCGUUUGACUUGGCUGUGUCCAUGGGUGUCGAAUUUGGUGGUGUGGAACAUGAAGCUGCCAUCUCAAAGAUCCUUGAUGCGUGCAAGACGGCGGGGAAAGCCGCUGCUAUUUUCUGCUUAACCGGAGAGCAGGCCGCGAAACGUUUCACACAAGGCUUCGACAUGGUCAGCGUCACGACUGAUAUAGACACGCUCACAGACGGAUUUGCUGCUGCAUUGCAUGCUGCCACAGAACGGAACAAAGCCUUCGCAAUGACUGGUUCUGGAUAUAGCUUAUAGAGGAGGUACUUGGACUCAACUCAAUUUACUAGUGACAAGAAAGCGGCAUGGCCCGUGUGUCAUAAUAGCUGGAAAUGAUAUUCGCCUUCGUUUAUGAGUAA